AUGACUUCAACGAACAGCAUGAGCGAAGAAGAAGACACAACAAACGAUACACAAAACGAAGAAGGCAACACCAUGGACGCCUCUUUUGAUCUGGAUAUGCAGCUGGCCCUGGCUCUCAUGGCUGAGGAGAGCGCCAAUGCUGGUGGUACUACCGUGGGAAACAUUUUUGGUUACAGUGGUGCGGUUGGUGCCGCCCUGGCCAUUUCUUUGCGACAGGAAGAGAACAGUGGGGCUGCUUGUCCACCCCCGCCACCAUUGAUGAGAGGUUUGCAACACAACGAUGACGACCAGCAGCAAGAAAAUCCCCUCGGAAGCACGAAAGGGAAGAAACCACGAAUGAAUGGUGACGAGGCUGCGGAAGACCUUGCGGGUAAGAACAACGGAGAAUCAGAGACGAAGGGAAAGUCACCUCAGGAUGAUCUUGACCAUCAGAUCGCACUGGCGGAAGCAAACGAGGAACAUUCUGCCACAGGAUCAGCCCAAGAAUGUUACGAAGAGGACCAUCUCAUCGCCCUGGCCCAAGCCAAGAAGGAGAAUGAGGCUGCGGCCUGCUUAUCCGUUGCUGGAAAGGCGUGGAACUUUGUCAGCGCCAUCGUAGAGGAGCAUCGCCGGAUCGUCGCAAGCGAUGUUGCCAACAAGGGCCUGGCUGCUGACUUGCGGAUGGAAACGAUCGGGAUUGAUGACAUGAUGUUCACCUCCGAGCGCCUAUUGGAAACGCAAGCUAUAUUUGGUCUGUCUGAAACCAAGGACACGCGGGUAGAUAUUGGCUACCAUUACACGUGCAGCCAAAAUCUGGAGCACAUCCAGGCCAAUGGACUUCUCACCAAGGCAGACCGGGACGAGAAGGGUGUUGCAAGCAACUUCAAUGGCUCUGUUUGGGGCGAUGGAGUCUACUCUGGGAACAACCCCUUUUCGUUUGCUCGAUUCGGAGAUACAGGGCUGUUGGUGGCCCGGCUCCAUGGGACUAAGAACCCGGCCUGCCGUGGUGGCGGUGGGUUUGUCGGCGACACGGCCAUUGCCAGCCAAGGAACGCCCCACGAGAUGGUAAUCCUGCGCCAAUCGAGCCAAUGUGUCCCCUUGCUCAGGUUCAAAAGACCAGUGAACCCAGAUGACGACGUCGAUGGCGCUAUUUGGCACGCCCACCGUAGGCUGCAAGGUGUUGUGGAUGCAUUCUUCAACGACGGAGCCAAGACUGUGGUAUCCGCCAUGCCACGACCUGCAAAUCUUGGUUUGAGAAACAGCUGUGUGUCCUCGAGCCAAAGUGGUCCCUCGAACAAUUAUUACGGCGCCGUGACCCCGGUCUGGGCCCAGGCACCAGCCCUGGUCUCGGCCCCGAUCUCUUCUCCGGCGCUGACUUGGACACCAAACAGCAAGGCCAAGGGCAAGGGCACCUCAAACUCGUCGCAAUCACUGGAUGCGCCUGUGGAUUCCUGGUACGAAAAAUGGAAGCGAAGAAGGACCUUGACAGAAAACGAAGAGAUCAAGCGGGAGCUGGGAAGCUCGCCGUGCCAAUCCGAAACAUAUAGACGCGCCAACGGAUCUGAAGUGGACACUUCGUUGGAAUGGAUGAGAGUAUUGCGAUACUCCAGGGAGAAGCUAGUGUGCGAUGGCAUGGAUACGUUGGUCAUCGUUUGUUGUUUCAAUACCACCGAUUGCAUCAGUGGGAUUGGCCAUCGCAUCGCGUACCUUCCGGACUCACCCGACCACCGCGCAUUGGUUGAGCGGUUGGCGGGUGCUUUCUCGAGUGGAGUCCUCGACAAGGAUACUUGGGCAUUGCUCCCGCACCGAACAAGCCCCUACCGAUCGUGCAAUAGCUUUGCUGUGGACUACGCCAAAACCCUCACGAAGCUGGGGGUCUCACCUGUCCCUGUCGGUGGGGGCGAACUGUUCGGCAGUGCCAAGAAAAGAACCUGCGAGCCACAGAAGGAAGACCAGGGGAUGGCUCUCUUGAAGGCGGCGUCCCCUGCUUCUCCACGGAUCGUCCCAAGAAAAUUUGACCGUAAAUCAGAUACCGACCGCCAAGAGCAUCCCUCCUCAUUGAAGCGGCCUCUCAUGCUCCGGCCAGCGGGACACAGGCCGGAUGAAGACUGCCAAGAGCGCCCCCCCGCGCCAUCUCACCCUUCGAUCGUCCCCGCGGGAGCGUCUCCAGUAUGCCAAUGCCACUAG